UCUACUUUACAGUCACUGAUCUUGGAAAUCUGAAAAAAGAUGAUCCAGUUUCUACUAGAAAAAAAGUUGUCCAAUCCAAGUAAUUUUUUAGGCUACCUAAAUUGAUGCGUGCACAUGCUGUGGUUACAAUUCAAACAUAAAAGUUCAGGUUUGUGUCAGGUAUUAGUGACACUAGAGAUUCAAGCAUAAUCACUUCUUGUGAGUGGUUUGAUUGGUAAAGAAGUGAAAUUUUGAACAUUUUGUACAAGGAUAUUUAAUUAUUUAAUUUUUAAUUUACUUGAUUUAACGGUUAUAAAGUCGGUUAUUAGACUCAAGUUUUUAUCUAUUUGAGAUUGGUUAAUUGGUUUAGCCUCAAAAAAAUAGUCUGACUCAAAUAAAGUUUUUAUAGGUGGAAAAAAAAACCGAAAAUCACUUUUAUUAGCUCAACUUCAUCACUGCUUUCAUUAGCUCAACUUCAUCACUAAUAAAGGUAAAGGGAAUCAUAGUAAAGUGACUGACUCAUAACUUUUACACUCAUCAGUUCACACUUGUUUCUGCUGCUUUUUUUUCCUGUUUGAGCUGUUACCAACUCAAAUUAAUCUUUAAAACUCUAUUAGAGCUAUGAAAAAUUACUAGCUGCACUCAUGCAUUAGUUAUUAUUUUUCCAUUUUAACUGCUUUUCUCCUUCAACCUAGAGAGACACCAUUAUUCUGUAUGAACAGAUGCUUUUUGAGUGUAACUUUGGUCACAUGUUCUGCUCUUAUAACUUUUGGCCUUACAACGUGCUAUGCUCUCAAUGCAACAUCUUCAAACUCACAUAUACAAUCAUUUAUUCUCUAUUUUUACUCACGUGAUUACUAGUUACAGCUUCCAUUAAAUUCCCUUCUUCCAUGCUUCACACUUACCGUUCAACUGAUCCAAGGCCAUUCAUAGGGAAGCGCCAAUGGGAUUUCAUAACUCACAAUGUAUAAGAAUUAAAGAUGAUCUUGAAGAAAGUGGAAAUGCUGCAUACAAAACUGCUAAGUAUAACAGAAGAAACUACUGGAAAGGUGUGGAGGUUUUUGAGAAGACAGGAAAAUCCUUAAAAGCUAAAGUACUCAGCAGAGUAUUUUCUGAGGACUAUGAAAAUGUGAACAAGAACUUGAUUUUUGAUCCUGAUGGACAAGCCGUUUGCCAAUGGAGCAAGAUUCUCAUAGUGGCAAGCUUAGUUUCUGUAUUUGUGGAUCCUUUGUUCUUCUUCUUGCCAAUAGUCAGGGAAGAAGGGUGCAUAGAUAAAGGAUCAAGGACUCUUGCAACCAUUCUUACUAUCAUAAGAACAAUAGGUGAUAUAUUUUACAUGUUUCAGAUUUUUGUUCGGUUUCAUACUGCUUACAUUGCGCCUUCUUCACGAGUCUUUGGGAGAGGAGAGUUUGUCAUAGACCCUUCUAGGAUUGCCUCAAGGUAUCUGCGUAAAGGUUUCUGGUUGGACCUCAUUGCAGCCUUGCCUGUACCUCAGGUAUUGACAUGGCUGAUUAUACCCAAUCUAAAUGUCUCAGCAGUCACAUAUACAAAUAACAUCCUCCGGAGUAUCAUCUUUUUUCAGUAUCUCCCAAGAGUUUUUCUCAUAUUCCCGCUCACAUCAAAGAUUGUUGAGGCCACAGGCAUUGUGACAGAAACAGCAUGGGCAGGGGCUGCGUACAACCUUCUGCUUUUUAUGUUGGCUAGUCACGUUUCAGGAGCUUGCUGGUACCUUCUAUCAGUUGAGCGACAAGAAGCUUGCUGGCGUAGUGCCUGCAACCUUGAGAAGCCAUUUUGUGAACAAGUAUUCUUAGAUUGCCGUUGGGUUAAAAACAGUAAAAGAGUUCAUUGGUCCAAAUCAAGCAAAGUCACAAAUAUAUGCCAUCCAGAUAAUACUUUUUAUCAGUAUGGCAUAUACGGUGAAGCAGUAACCAACAAUAUUACAAGCUUGGCGUUCUUCAAUAAGUACUUUUACAGUCUAUGGUGGGGUUUAAAGAAUGUGAGCUCCAUAGGACAAAGCCUUUCUACAAGCACUUAUAUUGGAGAAAUACUUUUCACCAUCAUCGUUGCAACUCUAGGGCUGGUUCUCUUUGGAUUGCUCAUUGGAAAUAUGCAAAGAUACCUAGAAUCUAUAACCAUCCGAGUAGAAGAGUGGCGGAUCAAGAGAAGCGAUACAGAACAAUGGAUGCAUCACAGGCAGCUGCCUCCAGAACUAAGGCAUUCUAUUCGGACAUACAACCAGUACAAGUGGGUGGCUACCAGAGGAGUUGAUGAAGCUGCCCUUCUCAAAGGCCUUCCAAUGGAUUUGCAAAGAGAAAUCAAGCGCCACCUUUGUGUCAAUCUAGUCAAACGUGUGCCAUUGUUUGAUAAAAUGGAUGAAACAAUGCUGGAUUGUAUAUGUGAGAGGCUAAAGCCUGUUCUGGGAACCAAAGGCAUGUUCCUUAUGCGUGAAGGCCAUCCUGUCAACCAAAUGCUCUUCAUUAUUCGUGGUCAUCUCGAUUCCUACACUACAGAUGGAGGUGGUACAGGAUGCUUCAACUCAUGCCAGAUUGGCCCUGGGGAUUUCUGUGGUGAUGAGUUGUUGACAUGGGCGUUGGACCUGCGUCCAAGCGUCAUACUUCCAUCGUCCACACGUACUGUCAAGGCCAUCACCGAAGUAGAGGCAUUUACUCUUAUUUCUGAGGACUUAAAUUUUGUAGCAUUACAAUUCAGGAGACUGCAUAGUAGACAAUUUAGGCAAACAUUCAGGCACUACUCACACCAAUGGAGAACAUGGGCUGCUUGUUUUAUUCAAGUGGCAUGGCGCAGGCAUCAGAAGUUAAAAGAAGCAGCUAAAUCAAGGAAUGGUGAGCUCUCAGUGGGAUCAUUCUGGGACACUUAUGCAGAGAGUCUAAUUGCAAACACAAAGAGUGCCAGUUCCAGGCAAUCUCCGGAAGCUUAUGAUGUUGUGAAGAACUCGUUGGAGAAGCCUGCAGAGCCAGACUUUGAGGAGUGAAGCAACAACACUGUUAAUUGAGCUUGGGAAAAUGUAUGUAGGCAUUUACUGAGAUUGAACCAUCAAAAAGAAAAUGGAAACUUUUGUUACAUAAGUUAAAUAAAACCAUCUAAUCAGAGAAUCAAUCCUUCGAUCUGAUUGUGAACAUUUAAGAUUAGUUCAAGUAGAAUUCAAUCCAAGUUUGUUUGGUUGAUGGGCUUGUUGAACGUGGAGAGCAACAAACCCUUGUCACUAUUUUUAGUUCCAUCUUCUCUAGUAAUG